UGGGCUUGAGUCGGAGAGGAGCCAAUACAAGCCGAGGGGAGGCGUGUCUUCGCUCUUCCCGAAGACCUCCCAGAGCAGGUUGUUGCGUUUUUGGCUCUAAAGCUCGGAGACCUCCGAAGCGCUCGUCAGUUUUCCAAGUUGGAGCCAUGGCGACAACAGCUCAGUACAUCCCGAGGAAUAACUCCUUACCGUCCAACCCGCUCAUGCAUCCGGAUUCGGACAGGAUGCACCAGGGGACGACCUACAGAGAAGUGCAAAAAAUGAUGCACCACGAGUACCUGCAGGGGCUCGCGGCCACCAAUACGGGGCAUCCGAUGAGCCUGACGCACCAUCAGUGGCUGCCCACCUCCAACACCGACUGGUCCAGUGGCACCCACAUCGGUCAGCAGGAGCACAAAGCCAGCGUUCAGGCGAGCAGGGAGGACUUGACCAGCGGCUUCCACCACAGAUCUCACCUGGUGCACCAGCAGUCGCAGAGCGCGCACCACGGUUCGUGGGCGCCCGCUACUACUCACCACCUGUCCCCGCUGUCCCCGGCUUCUAACAGUCACCAGUCGCUCGUCUACUCCCAGCCCGGAUACACAAACCUCAACGCGAUGUUGAGCCCACAGCCGGGCGCCCUGCACCACGGCAUGCGGGAUCCGCUGCACGACGAGACAGGCAGCCACGAUAACCAGAUGGAGUCGCCCCAGCAGGCUUUUAGCCACCACCAGGACCACUCGGACGAGGACGCGCCCAGCUCCGACGACCUGGAGCAGUUCGCCAAGCAGUUCAAGCAGCGGCGGAUCAAGCUGGGCUUUACGCAGGCGGACGUGGGCUUGGCCUUAGGCACCCUGUACGGAAACGUCUUUUCUCAGACCACUAUCUGCAGGUUCGAGGCGCUGCAGCUCAGCUUCAAGAACAUGUGCAAACUUAAGCCACUGCUUAACAAGUGGCUAGAGGAGACAGACUCGAACACGGGGAGCCCCACCAAUUUGGACAAGAUCGCCGCGCAGGGCAGGAAACGAAAGAAGAGAACCUCCAUUGAGGUUGGGGUGAAAGGGGCGCUGGAGAACCACUUCUUGAAAUGCCCAAAGCCAUCCGCUCACGAAAUCAGCACUUUAGCCGGCACUCUGCAGCUGGAAAAAGAGGUGGUCCGCGUUUGGUUUUGCAACAGAAGACAAAAAGAGAAAAGAAUGACACCGGUGGGGGUCCCGCACCCGAAUAUGGAGGACGUAUAUUCCCAGGCAGAGACCCCUCCACUACACCGCACACUACAGAGUCCUGUGCAGUGACUGUUUUCAUGAACAAUCCGAGCAUUUAGAGAGAAUAAAGGAAAGGGACAAUGGAGUUUUACAGUAUUUAAGUUGAACUUUUGUUCUCCGGAUAGGAAGAGAGAGAGAAAAAAAACAACAAAAAACAAAAAAACACAAGAUCAGUUUUUCCUUUUAGUUUUCGGAGAUUAAGUUAAUCAGAUAUAAAAAUCAGAAGGGAACAUGAUAGGGAAACAGAAAAAAAUCGCUAAAACUGAUUCCAUGCGCAUUCAAAUUGAAGCAAAUAUCUUUUAUUUACCAAAAUCAAAGAGAGGAGAAAAUAUAUCUAAAGUAAAAGUUGGCUGUACUGAAAUGUUAGACUCGAUCUCCUCCUCCUGGUGCACCAUGAACUCUUGGACAUCACUAGAAUGAGGUGAUCGUCUGAAAAAUGAUUAACACUGGAGACACUGGAUCACACUGAAUAAACUUUUUUGUGCUUUUUUCAGUCUCAAACUGCUCAACCAGAUUUCUGAAUAUGAGUGCACACUGUCAUUAUAAUAUAAUUAUUUUUUAUGUCUUUUUGCAAAUACUUUAACUUAAGUGUCUUUACCUGCAAAAACAGUGUUUUGAAUUUUGCUCAUCAUUUGCUCAUCAGAGCAGUUUGUUUUGUGUUUAAUGGUUUGCUGUUUUUCCUGUUUCCUUGAUGGUGGAUAAGUGUUUGAAAAUCUUGAAUUAAACAUCUGUCAGAUACAUUUACAGUUAAAGUCCAAUGCAACAGAACGUUUAAAGUUCUGAGGGCAUGCCUUAAAAAUAAUAAAUAAAUAAUAAUAAUAAAAUGUUUUCCAACUGAUCACGUCGAAAUGUGCAAACAGCAUCAGACGCUAAAAUUUCUGCUUUUUUUAUUUUUAAAUUCGCAUUUUGUUUUUGUUCUUUUUAGAAAAUAUAUUCUUUGCAUGGAGCACUUAUUUUUUUUCGCUAAUAUUAUUGUUAUUAUUAUUUUAUUGUUUGUUUAUAAAAGUGUUGUUUCUGUCACCGAAACUGUCUGCUAGUCUGCUAAAACUCAAACAUUUCAAGAAAACAUUUGGUCUAACAAUAAAACCGAAGAAUAACUCAGGUAACUGUAGAAUAUAUCACGCCUGUACAUGAUUUGCUGUUUGAAUCUGAUUGCAUCUCUACCAAUUACCUUCGUCCCAUAGAAAACCUGUAUUAUUUUAGAAGGCUGUGCUCGGAGAAAAAGGGGGGAAAAAACAACGGUUUUUUUAAAUCUAUUUAUUUUGUUCUCUUUCGACUUGUAAGGAAAUCUGAAAAUCUCAUGCGUUGUGUCAUUUCUCAAUGUUGGACCAGUUAAAAAAAAAUAAUGAUAAUAAAAAAAUAAUGAAAAUAAAUAAUACAGCAGUGCUUUUCAACACUAAUGAGGGGUACUUUUUUUUCAAGAAAAAAAAAAAAUAAUAAAAAGAAACGUUUUAGAGAAAAUGUUGCCAGGAUUAUUUCCGAUCUGUAAAUAUGUCCAAUAUGUAAACUUGUAUUUGUUCUGAGAUAUUGUUUUUGUUUGUUUGUUUGUUUUUCUUUCUUUUCUUUUUUUUUUUUUCCGGGCAGUUUUGUACACUUACUAAUUCCAAGAAGAUAUUUUAAUAUGAUUUCAUUUAUGAAUCUGACCAUUUAUAUAUAUAAAUAUUUAUUUCCUCAAAGUGUUUGGAGCUCUUUUUGUUUGUUUAGCUCUGUCGAUGGUUUUGUUGUGGAUUUCCUUUUUUUUUCUUUAUGACAUUGGUUGUUUGUUGAUUGCUAAAUGUAGACUGCAAAGUCACAUUUAUAUUUAUGUUAUAGUAAUAUUUUAUUACUUACAUAAAACAUAUAUACAAGAAA